GCUCGACGGCCACACCAUGCAGGACUGACCCCUGAUUGGUUAGACACACAGCAGGAAUAAACACUCUCGGGGUAUAUAUAUAUUGUCUUAAGGUGUGACACUUCCAAGAAACGAGAAACCACAAAAAAGACACUAGCCUGAGCCUAAUAACAGCUAAAGGGCAUUUCGCCGAGUUAUAGAGUCUCGACUCUCAUACAGAUAGAUACAAAAUGAGGGCGCAGAUACAGAAAGUACCGCAGAUAGUGGAGUUUCUGAAAAAGAAGUCUGUGGGACUGCAGCACUUGAAAGCGACAUCGUCGGUGUGCGUGCUGGAAGAAAAGGAUGUGGCGGCGGUUCCGACGUGCCCUCACGCGGCGUCCCGGGCACAGAGCAUGGAUGCGAUCCCUGGACCCACCAACUGGCCCCUGUUCGGGAGCUUGAUUGAGCUGAUCCGCAAAGGUGGUCUCACCAGACAACACGAGGCACUGGUCGAUUAUCAUAAGAAGUACGGCAAAAUCUUCCGGAUGAAGCUGGGCUCCUUUGAGUCGGUGCACAUAGGCUCACCUUGCCUCCUGGAAGCGCUGUACAGGAAGGAGGGAAGCUACCCCCAGAGACUGGAGAUCAAACCCUGGAAAGCAUACAGGGACCUCAGGGACGAGGCUUAUGGACUCCUUAUCCUGGAGGGGAAAGACUGGCAGAGAGUGAGAAGCGCCUUUCAACACAAGUUGAUGAAGCCCACCGAGGUGGUGAAACUCGACAGCAAGAUAAACCAGGUGUUAACAGAUUUUGUGGCCAGAAUUGGAAAAACAAACGUGAACGGAAGAAUCAAUGACUUGUACUUCGAGUUAAAUAAAUGGUCGUUUGAAACGAUUUGCUUAGUGCUCUACGACAAGAGGUUUGGACUGCUCCAGGAGAAUGUUAACGAAGAGGCCAUGAACUUCAUCACAGCUGUUAAAACGAUGAUGAGCACGUUUGGCACCAUGAUGGUGACGCCGGUGGAGCUUCACAAGAGCCUGAACACCAAGACUUGGAAAGACCACACGGCCGCCUGGGACCGCAUCUUCAGCACAGCCAAGGUGUACAUCGACAAGAAGCUGAAGAGAGGUGAAACGGGGGCGGCAGAUGACUUGAUCGGUGAUAUCUUCCGCCAGAGCCGUCUAUCCAAGAAGGAGCUGUACGCGACCAUCACUGAGCUACAGAUCGGCGGGGUGGAAACGACGGCCAACAGCAUGCUUUGGGCUAUUUUCAAUCUUUCCCGUAACCCGCGGGCCCAGGGCAAGCUGCUGGAGGAGAUCAGAAGGGUGGUGCCGGCGGGGCAGGACCCGUGUGGGGAGCACCUCAAGAGCAUGCCCUACCUGAAGGCCUGCCUGAAAGAGUCCAUGAGGUUAUCGCCUUCGGUUCCAUUCACCAGCCGGACCCUGGAUAAAGACACUGUGUUGGGCGAUUACGCCCUUCCCAAAGGAACAGUCUUAAUGAUCAACAGCCACGCGUUGGGGUCCAACGAGGAAUACUUUGACGAGGGAAAGACCUUCAAACCCGAGCGGUGGCUCCGGGAGAACAACACCAUCAACCCCUUUGCCUACGUGCCCUUUGGCAUCGGCAAGAGGAUGUGCGUGGGCCGGCGGCUGGCGGAGCUCCAGCUACACCUGGCGAUGAGCUGGCUGGUGAGAGACUAUGAGAUUGUGGCGACCGACGACGAACCGCUCGAUAUGAUCCACUCAGGACUGCUGUCUCCUGACCGGGAGCUCCCUGUGGCCUUCCGCAAACGAUGAGGUCCCAUGCUCCACUGUGGUGGACGAAGCAACAGCAACGGGAUCCGUCUGUGACUGGCCCUGUGACUCCUUCCAAUGCUGCUCUGUACAUAGAGAAACAACUGUGUAAUCACACAGAAAAUAUACCUCAAACUUUAUACAUUCAACUAUUUAACUAAUGCUUUUGAUGGUUAGCUGACCAAAUACGAGUUGUUAUAUAUAUAAUAUAUAUGUUAAAAAUGUGAUGAAAUUCUUCAAUGGAUAUUGUACAAAGGCUGCUGCCCUCAAAUCUUAGUGAGUGUUCUCACCCAAUGAAAAUUACUUCAUACUUUAUAUAUUUUACUAUAACUUAUAGGCCUAUCCAUAUAAGCAUGGUAUUUGUUUAUUUCCAUUGUUUAUGUAACACGUAUAUGAUUGUAAUAAUGCUCAUAGUUUUCCCUUGAGAAAUAUUUUAUUGAAAUAAAUAUUAAAAACAC